AUGGCUCCCCCUACCGCACCCCUCAACCUCGACGUUGAGGCCAUAUCUGGCAUUUGCGGUUCCAUCUCAAUUGCCUGCUGGGUCGUUGUCUUCUCGCCCCAGAUCCUCGAAAACUUCCGUCGAGGCAGCGCCGAUGGCCUUUCGCUGCAGUUCAUCAUUGUCUGGCUGGCGGGCGAUGUCUUCAACAUUUUGGGCGCUGUCCUUCAGGGCGUCCUUCCUACCAUGAUCAUUCUCGCCAUCUACUAUACCAUCGCCGAUAUGGUGCUCCUAGGACAGUGCUUCUACUACCGGGGGUUCACUUGGAGGGACGAAGUCGUCCCGCCAACCCCGAAGCCGCGUAACCGCACCGGCGAACCGAACGAGCGGACCGGCCUCCUCCCCUCGGCCCUCAUCGACCGCGAGCGCCGAGGCUCGGAUUGGUCCAGCCUCUCACCCGCCGCGCCAAUGCGUCCCGAGAGCGUGCCCGCCCCUCCCCCGAGACCGACGACGACGAUACAGGCACUCCUGUGGAAUACCACCGCCGUUCUCAUGGUCUGCGCCGCCGGCGUUGUCGGCUGGUUCCUCAGCCGCGAGUACUCACGCCCCGACGAGCCCGGCCACGAGACCCACGACAACGACGCCCUGACUUUCAACACCCUGGGCCAGGUCUUUGGCUGGCUCUGCGCCGUCUUCUACCUCGGCUCUCGCCUGCCGCAGCUCCUCCUCAAUUACCGCCGCAAAUCCACCGAAGGCGUCAGCAUGCUCUUUUUCCUGUUCGCAUGUCUCGGCAACUUGACCUACGUGCUCAGCAUCUUCGCCUUCGAGCCCCGCUGCAAGCACGACGAGUGCGCUCCCGGCGAGGCGGGCGCCAUCUACGGCCGCUACAUCCUGGUCAACCUGAGCUGGCUGGCGGGAAGCUUGGGUACCCUGCUGCUCGACAUGGGCAUCUUUGUGCAGUACUUCAUGUACCGCACCGACGAGUUCGCGACUGAGGAUGAGGAGGAUGAUGACCAGAGCAUCGACGAAGAUCAGUGGGAUCAGCGUCCUCUGCUCGCGCGUGGUGAUUCCAUCCACCACCCUUGA